CGCCUAAUCCCUUCCACUACUAUCCGCCAUAGUCCCGCCGUCCGUCUGCUUGCUUUCCGCGAGCUGUCGAGCGUAAGCUUGGUUCCUUCCUACUAUGGCAGCUGCUCGUAAGGGCUAGUGAGAUUGGUCAGUCAGGCUCUGUUUCCUCAGUAGCAGGCUGGACUUCGAUAACUUCUCUUCGGCAGCUGUUAGUGCCUAGGAACGGCUGUUGAGACGAGUGGCCGAUUCUUACCCGUGCAGUCGCGAGCGUCACGCGAAGUUCGCGAACCCGCGUUGCCCCGCUCGUAUCCCCGCCUUGUUACAGUGUUGUGACCAGCGGGCGAAUUCGCAUCGCUUGUCGGCGAUAUCGAGGACAGCGCUUCGCGACGGUUACGGGAUAACAAGUCUGCUUUGAGACGUCUUUGUUUGAAGACAUUCCUGAUUUCUCGAAUAAGACUUGUUUUUUUCCCGACGGCUAUUAAUUAUGCCGGAAUUCGGGCCGUCCGGUCGAGAUGAUUCGGCAAAUAGCGGUUCGACGCAACUGGUUUUUGAAAUCUCUCGACACCCAAUGGAGGGGCCUCGUCGGGAUUCGAGAAGCCAACGCGGCGUCGCUGCUGCCUCUCGGAUAGACGCGAGGGGCUAUAGCGGGAGUGCUUCUGGCGGGAAUUUAGCCGACGGAUGUUCCGCGCAGCCCUGUGUUGGGGAGCAUGGCGCGGAGCAGAGGGCGGACGGCUGCGCGCGCGGGGGGAGGGGGGAUUUUUCCGCAGGAAGGGGGGAUUUGUUCGAGGGGAGGGAUUCAACCGCGGCUGCGGGGGAUCUGUACGCGGAAGACGUCACUGCAGGGUCGGGGGGCACAGCGGAGGGCGGAGCGGGUGGCGGAGCGGAAGGGGAAGAUCCAGAGGGGGGAGACGCGGAAGAGCCAGCGGCGCUAGACGACCUUGUGGGAAGGGCCUCGCGCUUUGCGCUCAGACUGGCGCAACGGAGACAGCAGGCGGGGGGGGAACGGGCGGGGGGGAACGCGCAGGCGGGCGGACGCGGAAGCGGAGGCGGAAGCAGCAGUGGCGGAGCAGGCGCUGGCGGAAGGGAAGGCGCGGAUUACACCCGAGCGGGGGGGACAGCAGGGGGAAGCGGGGAAGGCGGAGUUGGGGGGAGCGGGGGGGACAGCGGGGGGGGCUUCCAAGCCAUUCUAGCGGCUAUAGGGGCGGGAGGGGACGAUGAAUCCGGCGGGGGGGAUGGUGACGCGGAUAGCGAGAGUGGUACUAGCGAGGACGAGGAUAAGGAGGAGAGUGAUGAUAGUAGCGAGGAUUGCAGCAGUGACGAUAGCGACGAUUCGGAGGGGGGGGAAGAGGAGGAGGAGGUGGGGGGGGAGGAUAAGGAGGAGGAGAGCAGUAGCGAAGACAGCAGUGACGAGGAUGGCGAGGGCGUCAAUAGCGAGGAUGAUACUAACGAGGACGGAAACCAGGUGCCCAGGAGAAGCGAGUUCUGGUUCACGUUUGGCGGGCGGACGGGGAUGAGCGACGAGGGGGAGGCGGAGGCGGAGGGGGAGGGGGAGGAAGAGGCGGGGGAAGGGGGAGCGGGGGGCGGGGGAAGCGGAAGGCGCGGAUGAGCCGGAAGGAGGCGGCGCGCGCGUUUAGAGCGCAUCCCGUGGCGCAUCUGACGCGCGUUUGGUCGUCCGCGCAUGGGCGGACCACCGCUCUGUGCAGCAGGGCUAGGCGGAGUG